AUGGGCGCCACAAUACCCCGGCACCGCUUCUUCAGCAUGCGGAACACCUUGGUAAGGGCUCUCAUACUCGCCGUCGCCAUGUUCGCCAUCGGUGGGAUAUUCCUUCCACCCGAUGUCGACGUGAGAGCAGCCAUUCUCAAAACAGCUGCCUCUGCGCGGGAGGCGAUGACGGUGCAAACUCCCAUGGGCCGCCCCGAAUCGGCUGGCUGGGGGCCGGAUGGGGAGCUAGGCGAGCAGGAUGUGGUCGUCGGGGGGGAUGAAGUCCAGCCAACGAUAUCCAAUUCGUCUCAUGUCAUGACCUGCGGGUACGACAUGGAACGUCUCAAGAGGUGGCAGGAACUCUACGGCCUCGAGGAAGUAUUUGAGUACACGAAACGCUAUGUGCAGGCCAGCCGAGAGGACAUCCCGAGAAAAUCAGUCACGCGCCUUGACCAAGACUUCCUCGCCGACGCCAGUCAAGGUGGUGGAUGUGAACAAGCACGAUUCGUUGACCCGCGGACAAGCUCAAUUAACGAGUGGACCUACUGGCUCACGGACGGCAAGGGCAAGUCUAACGGUGGGAAGCUCGUGUUGCUUCUGCUAGAUGCCUCGGAUGAUCAGCUGGAGGACGCGUACAGCAGGCUUGCCAACGUCGGCAUCGACGUGGACGUGUACCGUUCAGACCCGAACCUCAUCAUGGCGGUCCGCUACCUGGCUCUCGCGCCCCGGCUGUACAACCACCCCGAGCGUGUCAACAAGAAGUGGCUCGUUAUCUGUGACGACGACACUUUCUUCCCGUCGUUCAAUGGUCUCUCAAACAGUUUAGCCCCAUCAGAUCAACAAAAGCCCCAAGGACCAUUGGUGCUUCUAGGGAAGAACGUCAACAACAAUCAACAGACAUGGGUUGCAAGCCAUUGGGGGGCGCCGGCGUGUUCCUUCAGUGUGCCCCAUGGCUGCCAUCAUCGCCGACAGUGUAUCUACGACAACUCCGAGGUCAGGCUCACGCUCCUCAACGACCUGUGGCAGCUCGACUUCCUCGGCGACCCGUCAGGCUUCUACGAAUCCGGCAUCAAGCCACUGUCUCUCCACCACUACCGCGGCGGCAUCUGGCACGUUGCCUACCCGUGGCACUACACCAAGGUGGCGCAUGCCUGCGGUGAGGACUGCACAAUGCAGCGGUUCCAGACGGCCGAUGAUUUCGUCAUUUCCAACGGCUACAGCAUCGCGUACUACCCACGCGGCAUCGACUUCGACCUGAACCAAAUCGAGGCGACGUUUCGCCCGGCGCCGGACGACAAGGGGUGGAACCUCGACUUUAUGAUGGGCCCGCAGCGGCCGCCGCUCCGUAAGUCGGGGCGCAAGAUCGCCUGGGAGCUGCUCGAGGCGAACGUCAACGAGGACGGCAGUGUCAGCCAGGUGUACGUGGCCAAGCGGAAGGAUGGGCGGUGGACAAACGGGGAUGGGUCACCGAUGAAUAACCGGGAUGGCAUUAUUGAGCUUGUGUGGUUACCAGAAUAG